AUGUGCGUUGCCAAGAUGAUGUCCCUUCGCUCCGCUGUGCGGAGAGCUUCGUGCAAGCCCCUCCGUACCCUCUCCGCACCUACUGCUUCCGUCCGAGUUGCAGCUGCUAAGACGGCUACCUCCCUUCGCCAGACCCGUACCUACUCCCGCGCGACGGAUUCUCACCUGACCUCAACCCGCAGCACCGUCGUGCAGCUGUUGAGCAAUAUUGGCUCCAAGCGCGAGGUUCAGCAGUACCUGUCACACUUCACAUCCGUGUCCUCCCAGCAAUUCGCCGUGAUCAAGGUUGGCGGUGCUAUUAUUACUGAUCACCUCGAGACUUUGUCCUCCGCGCUCGCUUUCCUUAACCAUGUCGGUCUGUACCCGAUCGUCGUCCACGGUGCCGGCCCUCAGUUGAACCGCAUGCUGGAGGCAGCCGGUGUUGAGCCCCAGUUCGAGGAUGGAAUCCGGGUGACUGAUGGCAAGACCCUGGCCCUGGCCCGCAAGCUCUUCCUGGAGGAGAACAUGAAAUUGGUUGAGGAGCUCGAGCGCAUCGGCAUCCGCGCCCGUCCCAUCACUGCGGGCGUCUUUUCUGCUGAUUACCUUGACAAGCCUAAGUACAACCUUGUCGGUAAGAUCAAUGGUGUUGACAAGAGCCCCAUUGAAUCCGCAAUUGCUGCUGGCUGCCUGCCCAUCCUGACUUCCAUGGCCGAGACCCCCGAUGGUCAGGUGCUCAAUGUCAAUGCGGACGUGGCUGCCGGUGAGCUUGCCCGCGCUCUGCAGCCCCUGAAGAUCGUCUACCUGGCUGAGAAGGGUGGUCUGUUCAACGGUGAUACCGGUGAGAAGAUUUCCGCCAUCAACCUCGAUGAGGAGUAUGAUCACCUCAUGGGAUUGUGGUGGGUGCGCCACGGCACUCGCUUGAAGAUCAAGGAGAUGAAGGAACUCCUCAGCGAUCUGCCUCGUUCAUCUAGCGUUGCUAUUAUCCACCCCGCUGAUCUCCAAAAGGAGCUUUUCACUGACUCCGGUGCCGGUACCCUGAUCCGCCGUGGUAACAAGAUUCAUGUCAAGACCUCUCUGUCUGAGGUUGGCGAUAUGAAGGCUCUCAAAGAGGUGCUGAUCCGUGACCGCGAGGGCCUCGAUGCCCGUGCCGUCGUCGACCGCUACGUCGAAGGCAUUAAGGAGAAGGAUUUCAAGAUCUACUACGAUGAGCCCAUGGAGGCUCUCGGAGUUGUUCUGCCCCCGCAACCCAACUCCCAGAUGGCUCACUUGGCCACCUUCACCAUCACCAAAUCCGGAUGGUUGACUAACGUUGCCGACAAUGUUUUCGCCAGCAUCAAGAAGGACUUCCCCAAGUUGGCUUGGACUGUCAAAGAGGACGAUGAGAACCUGACCUGGUUCUUCGACAAGGCCGAUGGUAGCUUGAGCCGUGAUGGCCAGGUUCUGUUCUGGUACGGCGCCGAGAAUGCCGAGGAGGUCAAGCACCUGGUCCAAGAGUUCAACGCCCACGGCCGCCAGAUGUUCGGCGACAUCAACCUUGAGGCGCGCCUCCACCGCGCUGCUGAGGCUGCUGCCAACAUUGGCAAGGGCCACGGCGCUAGCGGUGCCUCUGCUGAGCAGAAGCGUGGAUUCUCCACCACCACCAAUGCUCUGCGUAUGAGCCGCAACAAGCGUCCCGCUGUCGCUGCGAACUCCUUCCGCACCUAUUCGACUACCAACCCCAAUCCCCCUCUUGGAGAGAAGAACAUCUCCAACACCCAGCCCGCCAAGGUUGCUCUCAUCGGUGCCCGUGGUUAUACCGGCCAGGCCCUCAUCAACCUGCUGAAUGCCCACCCCAAUAUGGAUCUCCGCCACGUCUCGUCCCGCGAGCUGGCCGGUAAGAAGCUCCAGGGUUACGAGAAGCGCGAGAUCAUCUACGAGAACCUCAGCCCAGAUGAUGUCCGCAAGAUGUCUGCCAACGGUGAUAUCGACUGCUGGGUCAUGGCUCUGCCCAAUGGUAUCUGCAAGCCCUUCGUCGAUGCCGUCGACGAGGGUUCCCAGACCGGUAACGUUAUUGUUGACCUGAGCGCGGACUACCGCUUCGACCCCAAGUGGACCUACGGUCUUCCCGAGCUCGUCGAGCGUUCCAAGAUUGCCCAAGCUACUCGCAUCGCUAACCCUGGAUGCUAUGCCACCGCUGCCCAGCUUGGAAUCGCUCCUCUUGUUCCCUUCCUCGGCGGUCAGCCUACCACCUUUGGUGUUUCUGGCUACUCCGGCGCGGGCACCAAGCCCAGCCCCAAGAACGACGUUCAGUUCCUUACCAAUAACCUCAUUCCCUACAGCUUGACUGAUCACAUCCACGAGCGUGAGAUCAGCGCACAGCUUGGCACCAGCAUUGCGUUCAUUCCUCACGUUGCAGUCUGGUUCCAGGGUAUCUCCCACUCUAUCAGCAUCCCCCUGAAGCAGAAGAUGACAUCUCGUGACAUCCGUAACCUCUACCAAGACCGCUACGCUGGCGAGAAGCUCGUCAAGAUCGUUGGUGAAGCUCCUCUUGUCAAGGACAUUGCCGGUCGCCACGGUGUCGAGAUCGGUGGAUUUGCCGUCCACUCCAGCGGUGAGCGUGUCGUUGUCUGCGCUACCAUCGACAACCUGCUCAAGGGUGCUGCUACCCAAUGCCUGCAAAACAUGAACUUGGCUCUGGGCUACUCCGAGUACGAGGGUAUCCCUCUCGACUAA